AUGAUGAUACAUUCACUCGUUCAAUUAGAUGAUUUACCAGAUGAAGUUCUUAUGAUUAUUUUGAAAAAAUUAGACAGUUAUGAAGUACUGUAUUCUUUAAUAAGUAUCAAUAAACGGCUCAAUACACUCGUACAUGAUUCAAUUUUUACAAGUCAUUUAACAUUGAUGAAGAGACUCGCCAAUGAUUCUAUCUCACCGUUAUCCGAGAGAAUACUUCAUCGAUUUUACUCACAAAUUUUACCUGAAAUUCAUUAUAAAAUCCAAUGGCUAAACAUUGAAUCAUCUUCUAUGGAACGAAUUCUUUCUGCAAAUUAUCCAAAUUUACAUGGACUCGGUUUAUAUAAUCUUGAAAUGGAAACCACAACACAUUUAUUCGCUAAUGGAAAUAUUUUUACUGAUUUAAUGAAAAAUCAAAUUCUAUCACUUAUUAUCUGUAUUAGAAAAAAUAGAAAGCAAACUUCAGCAACAGAUGAGAAUACAAUUAUGUUUACAAAUCUCUUUACUAUGUUCACCAAUCUACAGUAUUUAAACUUCAAUUCAUCUUCAAUUGAUCCUCAAUACAUAUCAUUUGAGAUUUUAUCUCCAAUCUUCAUUUCGUCAACACUCCUAGAACUGCAUGUCAGUGUAGCAAGCUUUGGCGACUGUCUUUAUCUACUUGAUGGGCGUUUUGAUCAAUUUCGAGCAUUUUAUGUUAACAUUUCUUGGAUUCCUUGUUCUUCACGUUUAAGAAGCAAUAAUAUGGGAAAUUUACCUGAUUUAAAAUGCUUUUCAUUACAUUCUAGCACAGAUACACUUGCUUAUGAUGAACUAAUUGUACCGUUGUUACAUCGAAUGUUCAAUUUAGAAAAGCUUGAUUUAUAUCUUGCCAUUUGUUGCAAGAACGGAUUAAUCGAUGGCAAUAAUUUAAAAAAGAAUAUUAUCAAUCAUAUGCCGAAAUUAAAUAAAUUUAAAUUUAAUAUUCGCUCAACUGUUCGUCUUGAUAAUCAAAUCAAUUUACUGUCUAAUGAAGAUAUUCAAUAUACAUUUAAUGACUUUCCAAAUAACCAAAUUAUUUCUUGUGUUGAUUAUUUUUCCGAGAUAAAGCAAAGUCAAUGUCAUAUUUAUUCAUAUCCAUACGAAUGGAAAGAGUAUCAUCAAAUAACAAAUAGUUUUCCAGGUGGAAUAUCUAACAAUGUUCGUGAAAUAUCGCUGUUUGAUGAACAACCUUUUGAACAUUAUUUUUUUUCAAAUUUCGAAAUCAUUUCCAUGCAUGAAAAAAUUAACUUUAAUUAA